AUAUUAUUGAGCAUUUGUGAGUGUUAGGGUUUUACUCUGGGUAUUUUCGGCUCCCUUUGACACGUCAGCAGGAUAUUUUUGCUCCAUGGAUUCGUACCUCCAUGGUUGAGGCUGUGAAACCACAUUGUUCUCCAUCUGAUGGGAUGUAAACAAUGUGAGACUCGCUUAUGUUUCCAUGGAGGAGCCAAGAAUGAAGCAGGAAAGAGACAAAGCUGGGAAAACCGUCAGGUUUCGGGUAGCGUCUGCCAACAGCGGCCGGGUCCUGGCUGAGGUGUUCAAGGACGACAGAGCCUGGCGUGGCUCGGGAUCAGACUCAGUGGACUCUGACGGUGCCAGCAGCCCCGAGGCGGAGCAGAGCAGCCCUCUGCCCGCCAGCGAGGCCAACCGACAUCUGAACGGCUUGGCGGCGGGGGAGGCCGCAGUGGACGAGAAUGGCUGUGAACCCGACGACCUGCUUCUGUACGCCAGCGUCAAGAGAGAGAUGGUGUUCAGCAACAAGAGGAUCAACAUCUGCAGCAAGAACGGGACCAUACGAGGAGUGAGGAACAAGGUGAGCGCUGGCCAAGUGCUCUUCAACAACCUGUCCAACAUGUACUCAGGUUCCUACCGUCAUCAGAGGAGGAAGCCAUGGGAGAAACAGUGAUGACGAGGAGAAAAAGUUACAAACUCCUGGAUUUUUCAUCUGUAUCUACAUUAUCCGUCUUCCAAAAUGAUUAAGACAAAGCCUUCAUGCAUUUAAAUGUUUUUAAAAAAUCAAUAAGUCUCUUUAAAAUCUAAUAUUUCUGCAAAAUUAGUCAUGUUUUGAAACCUUUCA